GCCCCGGCCCGGCCCGCCCACAAGAUGGCGGCCGCCGCGCGAGGGCCGGAAGAUGGCGGCAAGGGGUGUGUGGGCGCCUGCCCGCUGCGGCGGCCCCGAGCGCCCUGAGCCGCGGGGCUGCCCGGCAAGGGGACAGCGAGCACAAGGCGCCCAGCCGCGCCCGGGAUGGAGCUGGGGCGGCUGGAGUACCUACAGGCGCUGGUCACCGAGUUCCAGGUGACGGACAGCUCAGAGGCCAAGGAGCAGGUGCUGGCGAACCUGGCCAACUUUGCCUACGAUCCCAAGAACUACGAGUACCUCCGGCAGCUGCAGGUGCUGGAUCUGUUCCUGGAUAUGCUCACGGAAGACAACGAGGCGCUGGUGGAGUUCGCCAUGGGGGGGCUUUGUAACCUCUGCCUGGAUAAAACUAACAAAGACUACAUCUUAGAGGCAAACGGGGUAGAGCCCAUCAUCAACUGCCUGUCCAGCUCCAACGAGGAGACGGUGAUGUCGGCUGUCACGACGCUGAUGUACCUGACAACGCCGCAGUCGCGGCAGCAGACCACGGCCCUGCCCGUCGUGGAGUGCAUGCUGCGCUUCGCUCUCUCCGCCAGCAGGAGGUUAAGCAACCUGGCAACUCUCUUCCUGGAAGAUUACUGCACCCCUCUGCAAGUGGAGGAGGCCAGAAACCUCAGCAAACACACCGCGGUGGGGAUUCCUCUCCCCAAGGACUGAGGCUGUCGGAACAGACCUCCCUCUGUUUUUCCAAGCCUCCACUUUCUGCUCAGCACGUCAAGAGCAACAUUAAAGAGGGAAAUGGGUCACACUAACAGUGAAUUGUAGUUAACAGAGGACAGUACAGCACUGCCAUGCCACUCAGACCACAGAAACCCCUUCCCAGCAGUUAGAGGUUCUUCUGCUUGGGUUACUGGGCAGCUUGUACCUCCUCCAGUUCCUGGCUGGUUUCCCUGCAGCUCUCCAGUGUGUCAACUUAAAUGACUUUGAAAUGUCACUUAAAAUACCUUUGUCCUGCAGAAUAAAGGUGUUUGCCAGCCCUGGCAAUCUUCCUGCAUUGUUUUGGUACUAACUGUCCCAUCCUACUCUUGUGGCACAGGCACCUGGCCAGUAAAUCACUACCCAUCAGGAAAUGGAAAGGUGUUUUCUUUCACUGCCACUGGUGAGAAAGGUGAAGAUGAACAGAAGGGCUCCUGGCACUCUGGCUUAUGAGAAGAGCUGUCUUGUAAUACCUUCUCUCAAUAAAACAUUAACUUAAA